AAGAGCAGCUGGCAGCUGUUUGCCAGGAAAGCGGGGCGGGACGGAACAGAACAGAAGGCAGCGAAGCCCUCCUCUCCGGGUGGCCGGUGACAGUGGGAAGAGGAAGAAUGAGGGGGAACCCAGCAGAGCAUUGUUGGGAGGUGCCAGAUGGAGAAAGAGGAAACAGCAGCAACAAAAACUGAAAGCAAAACAGAAGAACAGAUCAGCGUCAUCUACUUCCCAGCAGGGAAUCCAAAGAAUGAUGCAGAAGGAGACAGAAAGAAGCCUUUGCCCAGGAAGUAGGAAAGAUUUCCAUUCUGAAACGAGCUUUCAACGUCAGUGUGAAAUUCAGCCAGGGGAUAAAGCAUUUGAAUGCUUGGAGUGUGGAAAGAGUUUCAGCACAAGAGGAAAACUAAGUAGUCAUCAUAGAACUCACACUGGGGAGAAACCCUAUACAUGCUUGGAAUGUGGAAAGAGCUUCAGCGUGAAAGGAAACCUUGCUACACAUUAUAGAACCCACACUGGGGAGAAACCACAUAAAUGCUUGGAGUGUGAGAAAAGCUUCCGCUGCAGUGGAAAUCUAACUGCGCAUUAUAGAACCCACACUGGGGAGAAACCAUAUCAAUGCUUGGAGUGUGGAAAGAGGUUCAGGACAAGUGGAGAACUCACUGUGCACCAUAGAAUCCAUACUGGGGAGAAACCACAUCAAUGCUUGGAGUGUGGAAAGAGGUUCAGGACAAGUGGAGAACUCACUGUGCACCACAGAAUCCAUACUGGGGAGAAACCACAUAAAUGCUUGGAGUGUGGAAAGAGCUUCAGGACAAGUGGAGAACUCAUUGUGCACCAUAGAAUCCAUACUGGGGAGAAACCACAUAAAUGCUUAGACUGUGGAAAGAACUUUAGCACAAAAGGAAGUCUUACUAUGCAUCAUAGAAGGCACACUAGGGAGAAACCACAAACAUGCUCAUUUUGUGGACAGAACUUCAGCACAAGAGAUAAACUAACUAGUCAUCAUAGAACCCACACUGGUGAGAAAGCACAUAAAUGCUUGGAGUGUGGGAAGAGCUUCAGACGCAGUGGAAAACUUACUGCGCACUAUAGAACCCACACUGGGGAGAAACCAUAUAAAUGCUGGGAGUGCGGAAAGAGCCUCCGCACGAGUGGAAAUCUCAUUGCGCACUAUAGAACCCACACUGGGGAGAAACCACAUAAAUGCUUGGAGUGUGGAAAGAGCUUCGGGACAAGUGGAGAACUCAUUUUGCAUCAUAGAACCCACACUGGGGAGAAACCACAUAAAUGCUUGGAGUGUGGAAAGAGCUUUAGCACGAGUGGAUAUCUCACUGUGCAUCAUAGAACCCACACUGGGAAGAAACCACAUAAAUGCUUGGAGUGUGGGAUGUGCUUCAGCCAGAUUGGAAACCUAACUAGUCAUCAUAGAACCCACACUGGGGAGAAACCACAUAAAUGCUUGGAGUGUGGAAAGAGCUUCAGCCGGAGUUCACACCUUGCUAUGCAUCGUAGAACCCACACUGGGGAGAAACCUUAUAAAUGCUUGGAGUGUGGAAAUAGCUUCAGCAGGAGUGGAGAUCUCAAUGUGCACCAUAGAACCCACACUGGGGAGAAACCACAUAAAUGCUUGGAGUGUGGAAAGAGCUUCAGGACGAGUGGAGAACUCACUGUGCAUCAUAGAAGCCACACUGGGGAGACACCACAUAAAUGCUUGGAGUGUGGAAAGAGCUUUAGUACGAGUGGAAACUUAACUAGUCAUCAUAGAACCCACACUGGGGAGAAACCACAUAAAUGCUUGGAAUGUGGGAAGAGCUUCGGGACGGGGGGAAAUCUAACUCGUCAUCAUAGAACCCACCAUGCAGUCAACCCAUCUCUCUAUACCUCUAAUGAUCAAAUCACCCACUACAAGGAGGCCCCACCACCCGAAGGAGUAUCCCUUGUGCGAGAGGAUAUGGGUUCAUCAUCCAUGGAAGGGGUCCCUUCUAAAGAAGCAUUUACCUCUUCAUCAGACCGAUGUUCUCCUUGCCCGAGACCUCCAUUCUUCCUGACAACAGAGGAGCUGUCAGCCUUGGAGUGGGAUGCCUCUACCACGUCCGUGAAGCCGGUGACAGUUGGAAGAGGAAGAAUGAGGGGGAACCCAGCGGAGCAUUGUUGGGAGGUGCCAGAUGGAGAAAGAGGAAACAGCAGCGACAAAACCGAGAGAAAAACGGAGGAACAGAAAUGGAUCAUCUGCUUCCCAGCAGGGAAUCCAAAGAAUGAUGCAGAAGGAGACAGAAAGAAAGCUUUGAACUGGAAUUGGGAAAGGUUUCCAUUAUGAAAUGAGCUUUCAACCUCAGUGCGAAAUUCAGCCUGGGGAUAAAGCGUUUGAAUGCUUGGAGUGUGGAAAGAGUUUCAGAACAAGAGGAAAACUAACUAGCCAUCAUAGAACCCACACUGGGGAGAAACUCUAUACAUGCUUGGAAUGUGGAAAGAGCUUCAGCCUGAAAGAAAACCUUGCUACACAUUAUAGAACCCAUAAUGGGGAGAAACCACAUAAAUGCUUGGAGUGUGGGAAGAACUUCAGGACUAGUGGAGAUCUCAAUGUGCAUUACAGAACGCACACUGGGGAGAAACCACAUAAAUGCUUGGACUGUGGGAAAAGUUUCAGCUCCAGUGGAAAUCUUGCUGUGCAUCACAGAACGCACACUGGGAAGAAACCACAUAAAUGCUUGGAGUGUGGAAAGAGCUUCAAUACGAGGGCAGACCUUACUACUCACCAACAAACUCAUUCAGGGUAGAAACCAUAUACAUGUUUGGCACUUGUAAAGAGCUUCAUUCUUAGGGCUAAGCUUCCUUCAGCAGUGUUUAUAGAUCUGUUUUUUUGUCUGUUAUUAAUCAAUGUGUAUAUUUGGUUCAAACAGAUUGAUGUAUCUUAGUGUUUCAUGGCAUCUGCUUUCUUUUCAUUGUCUCUGAAUACACUUCUGCACUCA